UUCACCCUUAUACCCAAAAGGAAAAAUGGACUUAGUUUUUAAAGUUUAUUAACGUUUUAUUAAAAAGCUGAAAUUAAAAAAAAAGAGAAAGAAAAAAAGAAAAAGAACUGUGUGUAGGAGGGCCGGGAAAAGCAAUUUUUUUGAAGCUGGAGAAGUACAAACGUAGUUUCCGUGCCUGGGUCUGUCAAUGCACCUUGCACUCAGGCUCCCCCUACUGGACAAUAGGCCCUAAACCAAGUCUUAAUUAUCUUCAUGUAUCAGUUUCUGAUGCAGUUGACAUCAUUUGUUGGAACAAUCAUUUCAAUUGAGUAUUUAUAAAUGUAUUUGGAAACAGAAUACUCGAUCCAUAAGAAAUAUGGGUUCUUUCAACUGAUAAAAUGGAGACUCAGAGAAAUAAAAAGGGACAUCAAGGUGGAAUUGGUUAGCUCUAGUUAUAAUUGUCAGUUGCCCAACACCAACUUUUCUCUUGCUACUUUCUUUAAAGUACCAAAUUUACCAAGCCCAUGUUUGCCCCCUUAGAAAACUGACUACACUCCCUUUUGACUGUUACAAUGGCAAAGAUAUUCCACUUGGUCAAUGCUUAUGUGCACAAAAGCGAAGAGAUACAUGACUAAACUGAUGUUUUCACUAAAUUGUUUGGUAGUAUUCAUUUAGGUUAAAUUAGGGCUAUACAAAGGGACUAAAGAACAUAAAGCCUAGGAAAUAAAUGAAAAUAUAGAUUUGGUAGUAUGUAUUUUUUUAACCUUUUUAUUAUAGUAACAAAUAUACAACUCAGAGUUUCCCACUUGAAUCACUUUCAAGAGUACAACUCCUUGGUAUUGAUUACAUUCAUGGUGGUAUACAGUUUUUAGUCCUUUUUUUGAGGCGCAAUCUAUAUGUUUCAACCACAGAAGAAAAUAAAUCAAGUGCAGCUCAAUCUACUCUUGGUGAAAGUAUCUCAGUACUUAACUGCUAUAUUUGCCUAUAAAAGGAUAAUGGGACCCUUAUCCCUGACUAUCUACCCACGACCUUCCUCCAUCCCAGCCUAGAGGCUGCUUUGCGACUGCGGGACGCAGCUGACGCGCGCUAAUCGGCUUCCCUGUGUCGCCCUGGCUAGGGAGCCAUGCAACGGCGGCGACUGUGAAGAGAAGCCCACAAGCAAGGUAAAGAGUUAACAGAGUUGGAGGCAACCUUGCUGAAGAUGAAGAAUAUAGAAUAUUAGAGGAGAGUGUUUUUUUCUUUUUCUUUUCAAAAACCUUGAUUGUUUGCUGACUUUCCUCUAGUAAUCACUCUUUGAUUGCGUCUGCUUGCUUCAUCAGAAAUGUUUUUUACAAUCUCAAGAAAAAAUAUGUCCCAGAAAUUGAGUUUGCUGUUGGUUGUAUUUGGACUCAUUUGGGGAUUGAUGUUAUUGCACUAUACUUUUCAACAACCAAGACAUCAAAGCAGUGUUAAGUUACGUGAACAAAUACUAGAUUUAAGCAAAAGAUAUGUUAAAGCUCUAGCAGAGGAAAAUAAGAACACCAUGGAUGUCGAGAAUGGUGCUUCUAUGGCUGGAUAUGCGGACCUGAAAAGAACAAUUGCUGUCCUUUUGGAUGACACUUUACAACGCUUAGUGAAGCUGGAGAACAAGGUUGACUACAUUGUUGUGAAUGGCUCAGCAACCAACACUACCAAUGGUGCUAGUGGGAAUUUGGUGCCAGUAACCACAAAUAAAGUAAUAAAUGCCUCAGGCAGCAUUAGAUAGCAGUUGAAGAUCACCCGGUGCUGCUACAUCCACCAUGGAUUAUAUCCUAUGGCAGAAAAGCUUUUUAAUUGCUGGUUAGGACAGAGUGUUAUUUAUAAUAAAAGCUCUAAGCAUUUUUAAGGAGUGUACUGGAUUCAUGGAACUCUAAUUUUGUAUAUAAAAUUUUAAAAGUUAUUAGUUUGUUUUCAGGCAAGUCUAUCCAAUGCUGUACUAUAUCUUAAAGGGAAUUCAGUAACAUGGUUGAUGUAGUAAGCAGGUAGGUUAUGUUUGUAUAAACCUUUUUUUGUGUUUGAGUUCAAGCUGAAACAGAAACACUGAAAGACAUGGGUUCAUUUCUAUAACAUAUUUAAGUAUAAAAUGUUUUUCAGACAAGUGGAGAAUAUUGUUGUUAAAUCAUUCUGUCAUUUGUUCUCAAUAGAUGUAGCUAUUAGACUAAUGCUAUUAGAAAAUGUGCUUACUUCCUGUACUAUAUUUUGUUACUCAGAUUAUGAGCAGAGAAAGGAAGAAUAAUGCUGAAAAUAAUGUUUUGAAAUCAUGACCCAAAGAAUGUUGUCAUUUGCACUACCUUUCAAAAUAACUGAAGGUAUCACUGAGGCAGUAAGUCAGAUAAUCUCUGGAUGGGUUGCUGAUCAAGACUGGAUCAAGAAAUAUCAUUACCACAAGUCUUACCUCAUCC